CAUCUAUUACAACCCUACACAGAUGUGCGAACUCCACACGGGAAGAGAAAGGCGCGCGUGGUGAUGACGCUAGGUCUGCAUUAGAGAACCCAAGUGUGCAAGCACGGUGAUGCCCGACCCGAUAACGCGCCGCGACUUGAUUCACUAUCACCAGGCUUGACGCCUUUGAGCCUGGCUAGCCAGGCCGGGCUGCGCUUUCGUCAUAGCUCGUUUCGUUUCUUGUUGGUGUCCCGCUAGCCGCGUUAGAUAGAGGGGUUAGAGGGGUACAUAAACACCUCCACGACCUGUCCACUUGAAUUCUCCAUAUACACACUGAUCACUUCUCUACUCUCCUGAGUCAUUAGUUCUUCAGUCUACACAUAACCAAGCCUUUCAACCCCUACCAACUAGAAUCAACAUGUCCGGAUUCCUCCGCGAAGAGGAACAGAAGUUCGAAGGCGGCAACAACCAGGGCGGCAACGACAACCAGGGCGGAGGAUAUGGAGGCGGAAACGACAACCAGAGCGGAGGCUAUGGCGGCGGAAACGAUAACCAGGGUGGAAACGAUAACCAGGGCGGAGGCUAUGGCGGCGGCAAUGACCAGCAACAACAGCAGAACUCUGGCGGCAACGACCAGCAGCAGCAGAACUCUGGUGGCGGCGGCUUCAUGAGUGGGUUGAAGACAACGGGUGAGGACGGGGCUAUCAACACUGAGAUCAACAAAUUCGCGAAUUCAGAGGGCCUGCCUCAGGGCGCGGACGGUUUCGUGGAUGCUGCUGUUGAUCAGGAGGUUAACAAAUUCCUUUGAGGGAUACAAUCAGCCCAACGGAGCCUCUGAAGAUGAUUGAUUCGACGACCAUGAGAUUACUCUAGACUAGUCUACUCUCAAUACAGUCCUAUACUCU